CCUGUCCCAUGCUCUUCAUCCCAGCGGAAACUCCAGUCUUGUGCUACAACUUGGACCACCUACACCAGACCAAUCAUGUGUGACGACGAUGAGACUACCGCCCUCGUGUGCGACAACGGUUCCGGUUUGGUCAAGGCUGGAUUCGCCGGUGAUGAUGCUCCCCGUGCUGUCUUUCCCUCUAUUGUUGGCAGACCCCGUCACCAGGGUGUGAUGGUGGGUAUGGGUCAGAAGGACAGCUACGUCGGAGAUGAGGCUCAAAGCAAGAGGGGUAUCCUCACUCUGAAGUAUCCCAUCGAGCACGGCAUCAUCACCAACUGGGAUGACAUGGAGAAGAUCUGGCACCACACUUUCUACAACGAGUUGCGUGUGGCCCCUGAGGAGCACCCCACUCUGCUCACUGAGGCCCCCCUUAACCCCAAAGCCAACAGAGAGAAGAUGACACAGAUCAUGUUUGAGACCUUCAACGUCCCUGCCAUGUACGUUGCCAUUCAGGCUGUACUGUCCCUGUACGCCUCUGGUCGUACCACCGGUAUUGUGCUGGAUUCUGGUGAUGGUGUGACCCACAACGUGCCAAUCUACGAGGGUUACGCUCUUCCUCACGCUAUCAUGCGUUUGGAUCUGGCCGGACGUGACUUGACUGACUACCUGAUGAAGAUCCUGACCGAGCGUGGUUACUCUUUCGUGACCACAGCUGAACGUGAGAUCGUGCGUGACAUUAAAGAGAAGCUGUGCUACGUUGCUUUGGACUUUGAGAAUGAGAUGGCCACUGCUGCCUCUUCCUCCUCCCUGGAGAAAUCCUACGAGUUGCCCGACGGCCAGGUCAUCACCAUUGGCAACGAGCGUUUCCGUUGCCCUGAGACCCUCUUCCAGCCCUCUUUCAUUGGUAUGUUUUUAUUAGUGCUUUUUGUUUGUGAUUUCAUUACACUUCAUGAAUUAAUCAUUACCUUGACUGUAGGUAUGGAGUCUGCUGGUAUCCAUGAGACUGCCUACAACAGCAUUAUGAAGUGCGACAUUGACAUCCGUAAGGAUCUCUAUGCCAACAAUGUCCUGUCCGGGGGUACCACCAUGUACCCUGGUAUCGCUGACCGUAUGCAGAAGGAGAUCACUGCUUUGGCCCCUAGCACAAUGAAAAUCAAGAUCAUUGCUCCCCCUGAACGUAAGUACUCUGUCUGGAUCGGUGGUUCCAUCCUGGCUUCCUUGUCCACCUUCCAGCAGAUGUGGAUCAGCAAGCAGGAGUAUGAUGAGGCAGGUCCCUCCAUUGUCCACAGGAAGUGCUUCUAAACUCUCAACAACCCCAUCGUCUGAAUUUAUUCUGUGCCCUUUGCUGUAUAUAGCCUACAUGUACCAUUGUAAUAAAAGUUGUGACGUGCU